CAUCCUUUGACCUCUGAAGCUGGUAUAAAAAGGCCUGACUCCUGGAAGAACACACCGUCAGGUCCUAGACAUUUCCAGAGUGAAGAUAAGCCUCGCUCCGUCUUUCACCAUGAAGUUCUCCCUCGUCGCUGCUCUCGUGGUCGCAUUGGCCAUCGGCUCCCAAGCUGCCAGCCUGGUCAAGAGAGAAGCUCAGGCAUUGCCUGCUGAGGUUGAAAAGAUCGCCAGUUUCUUCCAGGACCUCGUCCAAAACCUGAAAGCCCUUGAGUCCCCUGAGCUGGCCAACAAGGCCAAGGCUUACAUGGAGGAGAGCAGAGCCCAGUUCCAGCCUAUGGUUGAGAAACUCCAGGAGCAGCUGAAGCCCUUGUCCUCCAACAUCGAGGAGCAGAUGGAGCCCCUGGCUGCCUCCGUCCGUGCUCAGAUCAGCUCCUACACAGAGGUGAUGCAAAGCCAGUUUGAGGACAUAUUUAAGAUCGUGGUUGACCAGACGAAGGCUAUCCUGCCCCCUCAGUAAAAUAAAAAUGUGGAAAAAAAGCCUGGUGCCCUAUGACUGACAUCACUCGCUUAUCUGGAGCAAUAAAAGGGCUGAAUGACUUUAGAUUUGAGUCGACU